UGACAAGGGGAACUGCAGCCGUGUCUCAAAGCCCGGAUGGAGCAGCCAUUGGGGAAGUGUACUGGGUUUAAGCGUAACUGAAGAGGGCUCUCUCUUACUGGAUUUAAAUCGCCAAAGUAAAAAGCAAAGAGGAAAAACACAUUCCAGUUCCAAGACAGCCAUUCAGUGACCCGUAAUCUUUGCUUGAAAACAACCCAAAGGACUUAUUUUGGACAGUCUUCGGCCAAGUUUGCAAAGGCGCAUAGCGGAGGCGAUACAGCUGAGCUACUGGCUACUACACGCUAAGCGGAACUGCUAGCCACAUUGCUAACUGGAGCUGUGAAGUACAGCUUGUGGGCUGUGAACUUGCUUUCAGAUCACGGAGCUUGAAAUCCACUCACCAGGUCAGGCUCGGUGAAAAAACCCAGGGACUUACUUCAUGAAUUAUGUCUGCCGCGAACAUUGACCCUCAGCGAUCAAAGGGACAAGCAUCUAAAGUGCAAAAUGGUUCACUACAUCAGAAGGAAACUGUCCAUGACAAUGACUUCGAGCCAUAUCUCACCAGUCAAUCAACUCAGAACAACAGCUACCAGUCCAUCACCGACCCUUACCUUUCCAGUUACUACGCUCCCUCCAUCGGCUUUCCAUACCCCCUCAAUGAGGCUCCGUGGUCCACAGGUGGGGACCCCCCGAUUCCGUACCUUACUCCCUAUGGACCCUUGAGCAAUGGAGACCAUCAUUUCAUGCCGGACACCGUGUUUGGCCAGCCGGGGGGGUUGGGAAGCAGCAUUUACCCCCACAGGUUUAAUUUCUUCCCAGAGAACCCCGCCUUCUCUGCUUGGGGUACAAGUGGGUCCCAGGGCCAGCAGACUCAAAAUUCAGCCUACGGUGGCAGCUACAGCUACCCCCCCAGCUCCCUCGGGGGCACCCUGGUGCCUGACGGCCAGACUGGCUUUCACAGCGACACACUCAGCAAAGCUCCUGGCAUGAACAGCCUGGAGCAGGGCAUGGUGGGUUUGAAGAUCGGAGGGGACGUCACUGGCCCGGGUUCAGGUGUCAAGGCUGUCGGGUCAGUAAUCGGGGGGCAAGCUGUUGCAGCCACGGGGAAUGGGGCCACGCCCAUCGGAAUGCCCCCGCCCAAACCCACCUCUUGGGCCGCCAUUGCCAGCAAGCCUGCCAAGCCGCAACAGCUAAAAGCGAAGGUGAAGCCAGGGUUGGCCAAUCCAGGGGCAGCUCUGCCCCCGCCCCCAAUCAAACACAACAUGAACAUUGGCACCUGGGAAAAGGGACCCGUAACUAAAGUUGCCACGGCCCCGCUGCAGCAACCGCAGCAGCCUCUUGGUCUGCCUCACACGAUGCAGCAUCAAGCCCCCAUGCAGCAAGGACCCAUGCAGCCCCCCCCUCAUUCGUUGGUACAGCCUCAGAUACAACCCAUUGCCUUACAGCCUCAGCCCGCCCAUCACCAGCACCACCAGCCGCCCCCUCAGCCCUACCAAAACCACACGCAGCCCCUGCAACCUCAGACUCGCUGGGUGGCCCCACGCAACCGCAAUCAAGGCUACGGGCAGGGGGGCCUCAACCAUGACGGUAGUGGCAUGAUGGGCAUGGUUGGUGGUGGAAACUGUGGCCCCCAAAUCUGCUCCAGCCAGGGACCCGGUGUCGAGUCCCAUCCGGUGCUGGAGAAGCUUCGUGCCUCCCACAGCUAUAACCCGAAGGACUUUGAAUGGAACCUGAAGAAUGGACGUGUUUUCAUCAUUAAGAGUUACUCCGAGGACGACAUCCAUCGCUCCAUCAAGUACUCCAUCUGGUGCAGCACAGAGCACGGCAACAAGCGACUGGACUCGGCCUUCCGGGCCAUGAAUGGCAAGGGCCCCGUGUACUUGCUAUUUAGUGUCAACGGCAGUGGUCAUUUUUGCGGCGUGGCCGAGAUGCGCUCACCCGUGGACUACGGCACCAGUGCUGGUGUUUGGGCACAGGACAAGUGGAAGGGCAAGUUUGAUGUUGACUGGUUGUUUGUUAAGGAUGUUCCUAAUAGCCAGCUGCGUCACAUCCGCCUGGAGAACAACGACAACAAGCCGGUGACCAACUCCCGCGACACGCAGGAAGUUCCACUGGAGAAGGCCAAACAGGUGCUCAAGAUCAUCGCCGCCUACAAACACACCACGUCCAUCUUUGAUGACUUUUCUCACUACGAGAAGAGGCAAGAAGAAGAGGAGGAGGUGCGCAAGACUUUUGAACCUGCUCAGAUACAGAGCCGCUCUCGGUUGGAUCAGGAGCGCCAGAACAGGAAUAAACAAUAGAGGACGUUUAUCUCUGGCUUGAUCAAGUUACACUAGGACACAAUUGAUUUAAGAGACAAGAAUAUGAAAUGCAAACAAACCCUUUGUUUUUUUCCCCAAAUUCAGUUCUGGGAAUUCGCUGCCAUCAAAGCAUUUGUUUUUUUUUUCUUUUUUUCUCCCCACCCCCCACCCACACCUGACACAUACCUUGUACAGGGAUUACAAUCUGAUUUAAUGUAAUAAGACCCUCCUUCACCCACUUUAAAUUCAUUUUUAAAAAUUUAUUUUACACUUAACAUCAUGUACUCUCACCACAUCUGCCUCCACGCUCUCCUCUUCUCAGCCGUAUCAGAGUUUGACUGCAUCAUGGAGAAAAAACCAAUCAGCCAAUUUAUAUUAGAGUACAAUCAAGAAUGGCCAUGUCCUACCCCAUUUGUCCACGUGGUGGCAGCAUUGCCAGGUUUUACAAGUUUAACUGUGCCAACAGGGUUGGAGCAUCCCAAAGGCAAUGUACUACAAGGAACUGUACGACAAUAAAACUUCAAUAAUUUAUCUAUUUUUCAUUCAUAUUGACAAAAUCUCUAUUUUUAUUUUUUGGUUUACUACUGACAGCUUUCGUUUCAGAAACUUGGUUUCUGCAGGCUUUUAUUUUCCUCGGAUGAUUAAUGAACCGCUAACACCGACACUGCUGGAAAAAUCAGGGAUAGCGUGACGCCACACAAAACUGGAGACAAUUCAGAAGAGGAUUUGCAAAGACCUCUUGGAAUGAACCAGGACCGUCACGCUUUUAAAUCAUAAAACUGUACUCCCAACAUCCUUCACCUCUGCUUUCUUUUCAUAUUUGUCUCCAACAGUGCUUGUGUUGCGCAACCCAGUUUUCAUGAAACGUGGCAUCCUCCAUUUUAGAUUUUUACAUCUUGUCGUGAUAUUUGCUGCAUCAGAGGAGUUGCUAUACUUGCUGUUUUUCUUUUUGUUCCACAAAAAUUGCAUCGGUGCGGGGAGAGCUCACUUUGUUUUUCUUGUUUGCCACCAUUUUGUCUUAAUCUUGUUGUUUUUGUUUCCCUUCUGAACUUGGGUUGCUAAGUCUCAUGUUGUUUGUAAUGUAAAGCUUUAACGUAGGAACCUAUAUAAUCAUGGAGAAAGCCUAAAAAUGUAUAACCUAGUAAUAACUGUAACUGAUUUACUAUUGCGUAACAAAAAAUGAAUGAAAACUG